UCCCAACGUCGGCUGCUUUGAGUGCGCAUUUUUGUUCCCACUAAUUAGUUUGUGAUUAUUUUAGUACCAUUUCAUUUGUAAGAGACUCGAAAUGGACAAUGAUAACGACGAGUUUGUGCGGGAAGUGGAACUUGAGAGUUGCGGGGUGACAUUGAAAUUUGUUCAGAAAAACGUUGGUAAUGUCAGUUGUGUCAUAUGGGAUGCGGCGAUUGUUCUUGCAAAAUAUCUUGAUUUUACCAGCAAAACAAACAGGUGGUUACAGGGUAAAAAAGUUUUAGAGCUUGGAGCCGGUUUAGGUUGUGCUGGACUCACUGCUGCAUGUUUGGGGGCGAAUGUAGUUUUAACUGAUUUGAAGGAUACCUUGCCAAUGUUGGAAAAAAAUGUCAAAGUCAACAAAGAUUCAUUGGCAGGCUUAGGAGGUACAGCUGAAGCUCAGGUUCUUGAUUGGGGUAAAGAAGUCAAAUUAAAUUCCAAGUAUGAUAUAAUUCUCCUUACAGAUUGUGUGUACUAUGAAAAAUCUGUACAACCACUUUUGUGUACAUUAGAGAUUUUCUGUGAUGCUGACUGUGGAACCUAUACCAUUUUAUCUCAAGAAGAAAGAGACACACCAAAGCAAGUCGUCGUGUGGAAACAAUUUUUAACAGAGUUAAAAAAAAGAUUCGAAAUUGAAUACAUUCCAGUUAGCCAACAGCAUCCAACAUACUCAAGUGCUGAUAUUCAUCUGAUUAAAAUUCAUAAGAUUAAACAGAGUAACUUGUGUAAAUAAAUCAUUUCUCAGUUGA